UGCAUGGCAAGCCAGCCACCCGUGGCCAAGGAGAUUGAGCCCCUGCGUUCCCUAUGUCCAAGGAGAGAUCCCGUUCCCAAGCUCCCUCGAACCCCCGCGUACGAGCCAGCUCGCAGGAGCCCCUCGCCGUCGCGCCCUCGACCGUCGUAGCGUCGCCCCGUCGGAGAACCAGGCUGCAGCAGCGCCAGGGCAGCCCGGAGCUGCCGUCAUUCGCCCCUUGCGUCAGCCCUUGCCGCCGAUGAACCCAGGAGCAGAACGGGAGACCCGCCACCGCCGCCCUGGAUCACGACAUAUGUGCCUCAGCCAUCGCCCAUGUAUGCCAAGGUCCCGAUCUGGGUUUUCCCCGUGCAGUUCCCGUCGGAUCCAGCCGGUUCCCGCCGACCCCGUCGCCCGACCUCCCGUGUCGCCGUCCUCUGCUCCAGCAGACUCCUACUGCUGCUUCUGUUUGAUAGGUAGCGAGCAGCAACAGCUCGCUCGGGUGUUGACCGCGCCGCGCCAUCGCCUCGCGCGUUGCUGCACCCAGGUGGAUCCCCGUGCCCAAGCCGUCGCUGCUCAGGCUAGUGCCAAGUACAGCCAUGUCACCAUCGGCCAGGAUCUCCGAGUACGUGCCGCCCCAAGCCACCUCGUUGCCGGGAAUGGAACCCCCGGUACGGAAGCUUUUGAACCCCGCCAUUUUUCGUGCCGCCGGAAGUCAUCCCCAGGCCUAUUCCGCCAUGGCAUCCCCUGCAUCCCGACCUCCAACAAAGGUGUUCAUGUUCAGUUUCGUCAGGUUCGCGACAUGAGUUCCGCAGCGUGCCGGAUUGUGAGGACCCAUUCGACUACAUCGGUUCGUCUGCUUCACGGAGGCAUUCUUCUUCCAAGCGGGAUCUCAGAUGCAGGUACAGGUUAAGAUUACUUGACGCGAGCGCGUUGAUUGUUCAUUCGGAGUUGCUUCUUCUUCUUCUUCUUCUUCAUCGAUCUAGGAUGGGUUCCAGGCCGGCAGCCUGGGAUAGCAAGGAUGGACGUCGUUCUUCUUUUGUCGUUUGUUUUCGUCCGUAGUCGGACCCUGCUCUUACUCUUGAUGAUUGUGUAAUGUACUGAUGUGACUCUGAUGUAGCUUGUGGCGAGUGUAAGCCAACUCUUUAUAUAUCUCUUCUUUUCAGU